AAGCGCUUCUUUUAAGGCCUAGUUACUCCAAUAUAUUAGAUUUGGAGUUAAAAUUAAAGUCAGUAUAGUUUUUAUAAAUUUAAAAAAAAAAAAAACAUGCCUGUUUUGGCUGAUUAACGCUUUACUGCUAUCUCGUCUCACCCAUUUUGUGCUUGGUGAUAACUUCAAAUAAACUUCCUUCGGUGUGUGUGAGAUGGAAUGAUGUGGCCCCACUUACGCACUUGGUCUUUAAAGAAAUAUUUAAGGUAAAGAUCCAUAACAUGGUGGCAGUGCUGGAAGUGAUCUCCAGCCUGGAGAAAUACCCCAUUACCAAAGAGGCACUUGAGGAAACGAGACUUGGGAGGCUUAUCAAUGAGGUGAGGAAGAAGACGUCCAAUGAGGAACUUGCCAAACGUGCCAAGAAAUUGUUGCGGAAUUGGCAAAAGUUGAUAGAACCUGUAACCCCGAAUGAACCAGUGCCAAGAGGGUUGCCGAAUCCACCUGGGUCAGCAAAUGGUGGUGCUCACAACUGCAAACCAGAAGCGCAACUUCCUGCUGUGGCUGGGUCAAAGCCAAUCAGCGAAUUGAAAAGAAGGAAUGAUAUACAGAAAAUAAAUUCUCCAAAAACAGAGAAAUUGGGAAACCGGAAAAGGAAAGGGGAACACAGGGAUGGGCAUCAGGGCCCUCCUCCCCCCAAAGUCUCCAAAGCUAGUCAUGAAGUAUUACAAAACUCUUCACCCCCUCCGACAAAUGGAAUUGGAGGUAGUCCUGAAAAUUUUCCCAGUCCUGUAGACGUAAAUCUACAUGCAGGGCCUGAAAGCAGCAGGACAGAACUCAGUGAAAAUGAUAAACACAGUAAGAUCCCAGUAAAUGCUGUAAAACCUCACACCAGUUCUCCAGGACUUGUAAAACCUUCAAGCACUUCCUCGUUACUAAAGACUGCAGUGCUUCAGCAGCAUGAUAAGUCGGAAGAAACCACAGGACCGCACCAACCUAAGAGUCCUCGCUGUUCCUCGUUUAGCCCCAGAAACGUUAGGCAUGAUACUUUUGCUCGGCAGCAUACUACGUACUCACCAAAGGAUUCAAUGCCUAGUCCAUCUCAAAGGUCUCAGUUCUUAGAUACUGCACAGGUGCCAUCACCGCCACCAUCCUUGAUGCAACCAUCGACACCUCCCAUGCCAGCAAAAAGACUGGAGUUCCCUCAGCAAUCAGUAACUGAGGUAUCUCAGCACUGGCAGGAGCAGCAGGUACCUUCUGAAAGCCAGCACAGGCAUACAGCAGGGACACUUCAACAGCACACGUCUCCCAGCUGCAAAACCAGCUCCCACCCCGGGGAAUCUCUCACGUCACACACGGGCUUUUCACAGGACACUUCAAAAAUGGACAGUGAUGAUGCUGCUUCAGGUUCCGAUAGUAAAAAGAAGAAAAGGUACCGACCCAGAGACUAUACAGUCAACUUGGAUGGGCACGUGACAGAAGGGGGUGUGAAACCUGUGAGAUUAAAAGAGAGAAAACUCACUUUUGAUCCCAUGACAGGACAGAUAAAACCUUUAACACAGAAAGAUCCUUUGCAGGUAGAAAUCCCUGCACUUACUGAGCAGCACAGGACAGAAACGGAAAAGCAGGAGCAAAAACCCAACCUGCAAAGCCCCUUUGAACAAACGAACUGGGAAGAAUUAUCCAGAAAUGAAAUCAUUCAGUCAUAUUUAAACAGACAGAGUAGCUUGCUGUCUUCAUCAGGAGUACAGACUCCAGGAGCUCACUACUUCAUGUCUGAAUAUUUAAAGCAGGAGGAAAGCACUAGAAAAGAGGCUAGAAAGACUCAUGUUCUAGCUCCUAACAGCAAACCUACAGACUUGCCUGGGGUCACCAGAGAGGUCACAAGUGAUGACCUUAACAGAAUACGUGAACAUAACUGGCCAGGCGUGAACGGUUGUUAUGACACACAGGGUAACUGGUAUGAUUGGACACAGUGCAUAUCUUUAGAUCCACAUGGGGAUGAUGGUAGAUUGAACAUCCUGCCUUACGUCUGCCUAGACUGAGUACAGUUUUGCUAAAAAUGCUUUUACAUCUGCAGUUAGCAAGAACGGCAGACACUAUGCCACUUAACGAUGGAGAAAACCUCCUGUCCUGGACAAACAGGCCCAACGAGCAGAGGGUGUGAGGGAGCCGGUUCUUUCCAGCUCUGUCCUUUAAAUUCUCCUUUUGUGAAAUGCUGCUACCAGUUUACUAACAAUUGCAAAGGAAGGCAUACGAAGGUUGAUAAAUUGAGUUCAAAACUCUAUAGCGAGCCAGCUAUAAAAAAGUGUUAGUCCCCAAGAAGUGAAGAGGAUUUCCAGCACUUUCUGAAUGCCGGAAUCUUAUUACAGGCAGGUACAGAGAAAAUUGUGGAAGUUACCUUAACAAAAUAUGCAUCUAUUUAUUUGACUUGAUUUGGGUUUUUAUUUGGCAGUGAGAGAUUCGAGAGACGAUGUGCAAAAACUGUAGUUUUAUUUGUAUCACAUCUCUGAACAUGAUUGCGUUUUUGUUUUUUUUUUAAAGUCAUGUGGUACGGAGAUUGGGUUUUAAACGGCAGGUGUUGCACUGCAGGCUGGGAGACCAGCUUCAGCUCAACAUUCCAUAGGCAUCCACAUAUUUUAGUCUGGUUUCAGUUUAAAUCCAGUCUCUGAGAAAUGCUGCAAAAACUAGAUGUUUAACGAUAUUUUUGAUCCCACCACCACCAGCCAAAUAUUUUUCCUCCUUUUCCCUUCCUGCAAACUUCUAGGAAAAAAAAAAAAAAAACCAAGAAAAAAAAAAAAGAAAAAUCACCUUUUCUAGAAUCUAAAUGUAAUGAGGGUGCUACAAGUUUGUAACUGUACUGUGAGGGGGAAAAAGGAAGCCUGUUUGUAUGCUGGAAAUAUACUUGUUACCAUUCCUUUAGAUAUUGUUUGCCUUAUGGAUAUCCAUCAUAAACGCAAUUUGCAAAAACAAAGAGCCUUAGUGAAUGUACAGUAACUAGACUUCUGUGUUCUUGGGAUGCAGAAGGGAGCAACUUUGCUAUUUGGUCCUUUAAGUGGACACAUUGUGAUAUAAAUGUGGAAAUAAAAAAAAUUUGCACAAAACAGUUUGUGAAU